GUUGGGACGGGAGCGGGUUAUUCUGGUCCCCAGCUCACUUCCGGUUUGUUGUGAGUGAGUGAGGGAGUUGUUAGUGUGUACUGCGUGUGUGUUUGUGUUGAGCGGAAAUACAGUGCGGAGUGUGUUCGUGUUAACGGCAGGUCAUGUCUGAGUUCUCGUUAGCUGAUGCGAUAGGGGAUGAUGCCCCCAGUCAGGCAUCAAAAACAGCACAUAACAGGCCGUCAGCACCCGCUGGGUCCUCUUGGCCCGGUGCGGCCCCUGCUGGCCCAGCUGCCCCUGCCUGGCCCGGAGCGGCCCCCAAUGCCCCUGCUGGCCCGGCUGCCCCUGCCUGGCCCGGAGCGACCCCAAAUGCCCCUGCUGGCCCAGCUGCCCCUGCCUGGCCCGGAGCGACCCCCAGUGCCCCUGCUGGCCCAGCUGCUCCUGCCUGGCCCGGAGCGACCCCUGCAUGGCCUGGUGCACCCCCUUCUGUUCCUGGUGCCCCUGCUGCUCCUUCUUGGCCUGGGGCAUCCCCAGCUGGCCCUGCAUGGCCCGGUGCUGCCCCAGGUGGUCCAAACUUACCCCCCACUGGAGGUCCUGUCGCUCCUGCCCCUGGAGCUCCAGGCCAGUUUCCCAGCAUGCCGUCUGCCCCGGGCGGAUACCCCACCGGUCCCGGGAUGCCAGGACAGUUUCCCGCUGCACCAGGGCAGUUUCCUGGAAUGUACCCCUCUCCUCCUGGGGCUCCUCAGGCUCCCUACCCCAACAUGCCCUAUCAAGGGAACAUGUAUGGCCCUGGAGGCCCCGGCCAUUUUCCUCCCACCACAGGGUAUUCUGGAGGAGCGUUCCCACCCCUGCCUUCUGGCGCAUGGGGACAACCCACAGGACCCUACGGAGGCCCCUCUGCUCCUGGAGGAAUGCUGCCAGUACCAUAUGAUCUGCCGCUCCAUGCUGGAAUUAUGCCACGCCUUCUUAUCACAAUAGUGGGAGAACCUGUACCUGGAGGACAGAGGUUUCAAGUGGACUUCAUGAAGGGAGAAGAUGUAGUGUUCCACUUUAACCCUCGGUUCUCCGAGCAGACCAUCGUCAGGAACUCCAACCUGUCCGGGUACUGGGGUCCGGAGGAGAGAGAGGGAGGAUUUCCCUUCAUCCAGGGACGACAGUUUGAGCUGAAGAUCUUGGUGGAGGAGGAUGUGUAUAAAGUGGCUGUAGAUGGAGUUCAUGUUCUGGAGUAUGAGCACCGAUCAGGAGGAAUGGACCAGGUCACACUGCUGAGGGUGUACGGAGACGUGACCUUGUACAGCGUCGCCCCGUCCAUCAUCUAACACACACACACACACACACACUGCUGAGGGUGUACGGAGACGUGACCUUGUACAGCGUCGCCCCGUCCAUCAUCUAACACACACACACACACACACACACACACACACACACACACUGCUGAGGGUGUAUGGAGAGGUUAACUUAUAUAGCAUCGCACCAUCCAUCAUCUAACAAUCACAUACACUCUCUCUCUCUCUCUCUCUCUCUCUCUCACACACACACACACACACACACACACAGAGAGAGAGAGAGAAAUUCUGACUCUAUAGAAGACCUUUGCUUUGCUGCAUCAUUACGUUUAUAGAAAGAAGUAAAGUGAGCUGUGAAUAGAACAAUAAAAUUUACGGCUUGAAAUGAGUGCAAAUGUCUAUAAAUAGGUUUAAUAAUCAUCUCUGUUAUUUAUCUCUUUUAUUUAGUGGUUUAUUCUAAUGUUAGAACAUCAGAUAAACCUGACUAAAAUUUUACUCGAUAAAACGUCAUCAGCGGAAGCUCAGUCUCUGCUUUAACUCGUGUUGAGAUUCACUUUCCAAAUAAACUUGCAGGUGAAACACAGAACUUUCACACCUUUACAAUUAAACACCUAACAUCCCGAUUCUCGCUCUAUAAAACACCACAGACUACACAACACCACUCAAUAGUGUGUGUGUGUGUGUGUGUGUAUGUGUGUGCAUGCUGCAUGAACACGCUUCUUACAUGUUAGCUGAUUUCUGUUUGUGUGAGAAACACACCUUACAUAGUGUGAUAAAAAAUGAUCCGUGUGUGUGUUUCUGGCUGUUAGAUAAACAGCUGUUAGAUGCUUUUGAGAGUGAGAAGUGCCAUGAACACGUUGUUGUUGUUAUCAUUACACUAAAUCCAUUUCCUGCGUUUCUCCUCCUGUUUAUUUCUCUCUCGUCGUCUCAGACUCCGCGUCCCGAAGCCCACAGCUUUAUAAUCAGAACAGAUUUAUAUUUAUAUAUUUUAUUAUCUUGAUUUCACAGCUGCAGUAUUAAUGAGAAGCUCACAGCUGGAUGAUGAAGUGAGUGUAGUACAAUUUAUUUCUAUAUGAGUAUGAAUAUGCUGGAAUUGUGACGUCUCUGAGCUGCAGCAGCGUGGACACGUCCGGCUAACUCCACACGUCAGGUCACGUAUUAACGAGUUAAUAUUCUGUUAAUGACACAUCGGAUGUGUUUAUGAACUGUUCAUGCAGAGUGUUCAGUCACUGAGCAAAGUGUUAACUGAUCUUUAGUGUAAUUAAUAUAUUUACAUCCUUACAGAUCGUUUACAAAAUGAAUAAAUGAUUGACACAAAGUGCAGAAGUGUAUUAUCAGAUCAUCAUCAACUGAGUUAAGGAUAAAUACCGGUACGUUUCGGUGUUACAGUAACACUGGUUAUUAAAUGAUUAAUAAUCUUACAAACUAUUAAUGAUUUAUAAACCUGUCACUUUACACUGACUCGGUAAAUCAUUGCUUAAUACUCAGUAAUAAUUCAUCUUAAAUGAACAGUUAACUAAGAUAUUAAAUAUAGAUGAAGAAUGAUUAACAGAAUAAUAAAUGAUUAAUAUGGACCAUAAUCGUGUGUUAGUGUGAAGUCUGAGUUUGUUUGUUUUUCAAAUUGUAAAAUCAUAAGUUGUUAUUUUGUGCCACUUGAAUGAAAUGAAAUGAACUUUCUUAUUGUUUGUUUGCCAGAACCACUGCAGUGCUGAGAGUUUGAAAUAAAAUAUUUAACACUGUA